AUGGAUGUCGAAAUUGAAAUAGAGGAUGAUUAUGAAGUCCCACAGGCAAAUAUACCUGAAGUCGGUGAAUCCUUCUUUUACAAAUUGAUAAUUGCUGCUCUUUUGUUUGCUACUUAUUUCCUUUUUCAACGUUUCUCGGCUGCGAUUGGUGCCAGGGUUGCAAGACAAACCAUUGCAGCUAAUGAACGCGAUUAUGACGAAGAAAUUCGAGAGGCUAGGCGUCGUUUGCAGGAGCGUUUCGAUGCCGAAAGGAAAAAACGCGAAAAAGAAAAGGAAGAAGAUCCAUCGACUUCAAUCUCAAAUGAUCUUAACUUGCAAACAGGGACUCAGAAUAAAACGAAACGUGUCAAACCGCCUAAGGCAGAACUUCUUAUGGAUUCAGGUGAAUACUUCCCUUUGAUGGGUGAUUCAGGUGGCAGCAGCAGCAGAGUAUGCUUCCGUCGAUCUAGGAAUAUCGGUGGAUGA